AUGGAAACCUCUGUGGUGCGGGGGGUGCAUGUAGAGAGGCUGCGUCCCCGAUGCCCUGCGUUGUUUCUGAGCGGUGCCACCCCGGGGCCCUUUUACCAUAGCCAUCCACAUGUGCCAAGCGAGUUUGACCAUCUGGACUUCACCAUGGAGGCGCAGGUGAAGGCCAACAUCAGCACUAUUCACAAGAUUGGCAAAUCUGUGGCAGACUACUCUGACGAGUUGCCGUUUGGUGUGGCGUCCAUGGAGUGGCUGCGGUCUCCACAGAUACUUCAUUGGGUUUCGGGCAAUGGGGAUGGCUUCGAAGCGAACCGUCGUGUGGUGGAAGAGAUUGGGCCAGCAGUCUCGAGAGACCUUGGCAUGGACAAGCUUGAGACGCUGGGCAUGGUAGAGGUUGGCGACAACGUGAGUGACCGCCGCUUUCUUUUGGAGACCUUCGGCAUGUUUGCCCUUGAAGGCGUCAGUCGCGGUCCUUUGCCCGGCCAGAGUGUGCGCAUCGAUAUCAAAGACGAGUUUGAUCCCAAGUUUUUCAUGCCCUAUGUACCAGGCUACUUGGUGCAUGGCCAAGCCGACCUGGCUAUUUUCUCGAUCAAGGCCGCGCCUGAGGAAAGCCGCUGCAAGGUUCCCAGUGACGGGGCCCAGCAGGUCAGUAUGCUCUGCGACGAACUGCUGCAAGUUCUCGACAGCCUUGGAAGCAGUUUCGAUGAUGUGAUUGUGGGCUGGGCUCGAGUGCCAUUCCUGAACGAAGACGAAGAAGCUGUGUUGAUGACUCGGUCCAGAAAGGGCCUCAAUCGACCUCUCGCAGAAUCAGUCUUGGGACUUGCAACUUCCGACAAGCUGGGUAAUGCAAGUGACGGGGUGCCCUGGCGUCUGGAGUAUGUCAUCGUUGCGCAGAUUCCCCACUCCGGCUAG